GACAGAGAGCUUAUCCGCCUCCUCCUUUGCGCUCAGGACUCGGAGUGUCAGUGUCAGAAAGAACCAAGCUGACAGCCAUGUCAUCUUCCUCAGCGGGUAACGGCGGGUAUGGAGGGGCGGUGCAGGCCAGAAGAAGAAACUAUGUAGACGACGAUGACGACGACUGGUUUUGGAUUUCGAGUUCCGUCAGGGAACAAGUCGCUUUUCCAUUAUUUUUUUAUUAUUUUGGAUUUAAUUCGGUGGAGUGUUUUUGUUUUUUUGUUUGUUUCGUUUGGGAUCGAGUUUUGUUGAGUGCGCGGUGGAAGAGGGUGUGGGCACAGUGUGGUGUGGAGAACAUGUGGAGCGAGCGGACAAGUUGGUUGCUGAAGUGGCCACGAUCAUGAAAGACGUCGCCGAAAAUUUGGCAGAAUGUCUCGUGCUGACUCUGCGUGGAAGGCUUUGAAAACUAGCUUCGCGAAGAGGAAGCAUUGAUGAGCUAGUGAGUGAGCGAGUGUGAAUUUGAGUGAGUGUGUUUCUUUGCGUGUCGAGUCUUGUGGUGUGGAGCAUGAGAGGAAUAUGUUCUGAAUUGCCAGAAUCUGGUGGAGGAUUCGUCCUGCGCGCCCUGAGUUGAAGGCUGUUGAUGGCGCGCGCGCAUGGCCUGGUGAUAGAGUGCUUCUGGGAGUGGCGUUGGCUACGGGUUCGUAGGAGUUUAGCAGGAGUUAUUCACGGAGGCAUUAUCUCUUCUGCUUGACGAGAGUUUUCGCUGCGAAUUGACAAUCCACAAUUACUCAGUCAAUUACCGAUCACGAUCGUCCGAAAGAUACAGGGUUUCAGAGUUCGAUGGCUACUUCUGCAGUAACUUCCGUACAACCGGUGUUUAAGGAACCACGGCCUGUAAAUCCGAACUCUCUACCUUUCUUCAACCGGAUCGUUGAUGACAUUAUUGUCAACAUCUUUGGACGGCUUGAGGAUGAUCCUAGAGAUUUCGCACGUCUUGCAUGUGUGGGCCGACGGUUCCAUAAUGUGAUAAAAACCUCAUGCUACAAGCGGCAGUGCAUGCGUGUAGUACCUAGCAUGGUUUCCGAGCUGAUGCAAUCGAGCAGUCGGCAAGGUGUAUUAGUAGAGCCUCCAGGUGGGUGGGAAGUUCUUCAGAAGCUCCUUGUGUGCUGUCCAGGACUUCGUCACGCUGGGGUGCUGUUAAAUUGCUGGGACUACGGAUUAGAGAGAGAAAUUGGUCGCUCUGACGACUUUGAAUUAGUGCUCAGAAAGGAUUUACCAAAACUGGGGGUACAAGCAGAACUGGAAGUCGAGAAAGGCACUGUAAAUACUUCAAAUGUAACAGAGAAACAGGAGGUAAUUGGCAACGAUCACAUGGAUAUCGAGAGAAGAUCGUGCGGAAUGGAGAAUAGUGACGAAAAUGAUGUAGCGGGGUCAGUGGUAGAACACAAAGGCGAGCAUUCUGAGUAUGGGACAAGUGAACAAAGGGGUAAAGGUACUGCUUGUGCGAACGAGGCAUUUGGUGAGGUUGAUGCUGGAAGGUGUACGUCUGGGAAGAUGAAGAAUAAGGAAGUGUUGAAUGGUGACGGUCCUAUAAAGCAAAUGAAGAAAGUUGAUUCACACUAUCAUGGUAAGGUUAUGAAAGAGCUAAAGUUUUAUGGGAGUUACAGAAGGCUAGAUGGGGAGGAAGAGCAUGGAGUCUCCCGGUCCCGAUCCCGGUCCCGAUCCCGGUCCCCACGAAAUUCGAGUGGCGGGUGGAAUAAUGAGGCGGAGCGUUGCAUCAAUCACGAGGAAGAACUCCACCUUGCAAAGGGCAACUGGACUUUAACUAGGGAACAAGGAAACAAACUCCUCGCUAGCAGAUUCAGGUCGGACAGCCUCUACUUAUGCGAUUGGCCAGGUUGCAUGCACCAAGGUGAGAGGCGCGUGUAUAAGCUUUUUCGAGGGAUUUUUAAGAACUUUAAACACUCUCACGUACAUCGGAACUUGAAGGAUUUGAAGGCCAAGCGGACGGAAAUACGAUGUGCUUUCUGCUCCGAAGAUACUUAUGAUAUGGUGACUAGUUUUUGCCUCCGUCGCUCAUUCGAAUAUCACGAAGAUGGAGAGCCUGUCAUUCGCGCCUACGUCUGCGAAAGUGGUCACGUCGCUGGAGCUUGGACAGACAGGCCUUUGUAUAACCUUUGAAGGUAAGGGUUGGUAAGCGCUGGCAGCGUGAAAAACUCUUAGUCGCUGGUGAAAGAAAUCAUCUGGCGAAUGACAGAAAUCUCCUAGAGGUUUCUCAUCAAUUAAGGAUGGCUGUAAAAGCAGGCCAGAUUUUCUUCGUCCUUGUCCGUGAUACCAGUUAAUUGGUUGGACUUGUUGCCUUAUUUUUGUAGUGAACGCAGGUAGGCAUCGCGAGAAUUAUGUACAGGGUUACAGAGUUUUGUUACUAGGGAUUGGUUCUAUAGUGCUUUGAGCUUAUUUCCAUUAAGUUGGGCGUUCAUCUUCCAGUUUCAGACGAAUUUUGUAACGGUUGCCAUGAGACGUUCGUCUAAAGCAGUGUAGCUUUUCAGAAGUGUGAAAUCUCUACCUUGAAACUGAGCAGUAUGGUUGCAAAUUAUUUUCCCCCUUCAAGUACAUUUUGCUAACAAUGUUUCUCAGUACAAGUAUUAUUUUUUUAUUA